AGGAAGUUUGUCUUUCCAGGGCCGCCGUAGCCCGAGAUACAAAACAGCGAGCGAGGCAGCGAACCCGUAAACAACUGUUUACAAACAUUAAAUAAAAAUAUUAAACACGAACAUUAAAUACAAACAUUAAACACGAACAUUAAAUACAAACAUUAAACACGAAUAUCAAACGAAACUUCGGACUGGAGCCGCUGUCAGGACACAGUCUUGGUGACCCGCCCCUAACAAGUGGAAACCGUCCAAUCACUGCAGCCGAAGGAAGAGAGAGGCUCCGGGCUCUGUGAUUUGGCUGAAACAGCUUCCUGUAACCCUGUCUUUUCAAUGCAAUUGGAAGUACAGAGAAUGGUGCCUUCUGCAGUUCCUUCUGCGAUUGGAAGAAAAUAUUGCAACAAUUUCAGGAAUAUUCUGAAGAUGCCUAAAUAAUAAUAAUAAUACAUAUUUAUAUCAAGUUUCCUUAAAGCCCUUUGGUUGCCUGUAAUAUUACAUAGUGUACAAAUUUCCUGAUACCCCUGAUUACCUUGCAAAACACUCCCCUCUAGUGGUCUCUAAGCAGAUUGCGCAGUGUCUUUGAUACCCUGAUUACCUUGCAAAACACUCCCCUCUAGUGGUCUCUAAGCAGAUAGCGCAGUGUCUUUGAUACCCUGAUUACCUUGCAAAACACUCCCCUCUAGUGGUCUCUAAGCAGAUAGCGCAGUGUCUUUGAUACCCCUGAUUACCUUGCAAAACACUCCCCUCUAGUGGUCUCUAAGCAGAUAGCGCAGUGUCUUUGAUACACUGAUUACCUUGCAAAACACUCCCCUCUAGUGGUCUCUAAGCAGAUAGCGCAGUGUCUUUGAUACACUGAUUACCUUGCAAAACACUCCCCUCUAGUGGUCUCUAAGCAGAUUGCGCUGUGUGCCCUGAGCCCUGUCUGGUUCUCGGCAGCGCCGCUCCCUGGCGGGUAUGGGAGGGGCGGUGGGGGCCGCGCUGGUCUGGCUGCAGGACACGCUGACCCAGUCCCUGAGCCGGGCCCGGCGCACCCUGCUGCAGGCGGCCGUGCUGCUGUGUGUGCUGGUGCUGCUGCUCUGGGUCGCCGUCUUUCUCUACGGCAGCUUCUACUACUCCUACAUGCCCACGGUGAGCCACGUGAGCCCGGUCCACUACUCGUACAGGACAGACUGUGACUCCUCCAGUGUGGAUCUCUGCUCCUUCCCGUUUGCCAACGUCUCCCUGAUCAAGAACGGACGAGACAAGGUGAUGAUCUAUGGCCAGCCCUAUCGGAUCUCCCUGGAGAUGGAAAUGCCGGAGUCUCCGGUGAAUCAGGAGCUGGGAAUGUUCCUGAUCCGAAUGUCCUGCUACACCCACGGGGGCCGGACCAUCUCCACCACGGCCCGCUCCGCUAUGCUUCACUACAAGUCCUCGUUGCUGCAGUCUCUCGACACUCUUGUGUUCUCUCCUCUCCUCCUCUCCGGGGUCUCGGAGCAGAAGCAGCUGGUUGAGGUGGAGCUGUACGAAGACUACCGGGAGAACUCGUAUGUUCCCACCGUCGGAGCUUUGAUUGAGAUUCAGUCUCGUCGGGCUCAGCUCUACGCUGCUCGGCUCCGGAUUCACGCGCACUUCACUGGGAUCAGGUAUCUCCUCUAUAACUUCCCCAUGACCUCGGCAGUGAUCGGAGUUGCCAGUAACUUUGCCUUCCUGAGCGUCAUCGUGCUGUUCAGCUACCUGCAGUUCAUCUGGGGCGGGGUCUGGCCUCAGGAUCCAAUCAGAGUGCAGGUGAAUCUGGGCGCUGGAACUCGACUUCAGCAGAGGAGGGAGGAGGCGAGGCGACGGAUCGGAGCGCAGAGAGCUCCGGCUCCCGCCCCCGAGACGACGGGAGUGGCUAGCGCAGGUGAUGAUGUCACCACAGAAAGACCCGCACGGGGGAAAGAGGAACUGGAGGGGGAGGAGCCUGGUGAGGGGGAGGAGCCUGGUGAGGGGGAGGAGCCUCUGGAGACCAUUGGCUCUCUGAACGAGCAGGUGGACCUGCCAUAUAAUGAGACAGACUCCUCAGCUCUUGAUUCGUCGACGGAGGAGGCGCCCGUCCUUCUGGACGCGAGCUCAUUGGAGGAGGAGGGGCCCGGGGGCGUGGCCGAGGCUGCCGCCAUGGAGACGGAGCUGAGACAGCGACACGGAGGCUGCAUGAGCUUUUAAACUGGAGCGAGGCCACGAGGAGCCACGCUGGAGCCACGCGCCGCGCUCCCACUCUGAACAGAAGAGUUUCCUUGCCUCUUAUAAGCACUAGCAGAAUAGCACUGAGACCCCUUUAAAACAAGUCUUUAAAAUCCAUUCUCUCACCUCUUAUUAGCUUUAUUAACAGGAUCGCUGGUCCCUCCCUUUAAAGGAGCGCUGACCAUCUUUAAAAUCCAUUCUCUCACCUCUUAUUAGCUUUAUUAACAGGAUCGCUGGCCCCUCCCUUUAAAGGAGCGCUGAGCAUCUUUAAAAUCCAUUCUCUCACCUCUUAUUAGCUUUAUUAACAGGAUCGCUGGUCCCUCCCUUUAAAGGAGCGCUGACCAUCUUUAAAAUCCAUUCUCUCACCUCUUAUUAGCUUUAUUAACAGGAUCGCUGGCCCCUCCCUUUAAAGGAGCGCUGAGCAUCUUUAAAAUCCAUUCUCUCACCUCUUAU